CCGUGCACCGUGGUGGCCCCAUGGCACGGGUGGUGGUCCCCUGGCAGGGGUGGUGGCCCCAUGGCAGGGCUGCUGGCCCUGCAGGGGUGGUGACCCCGCUGCGUGCCCGCAGGCAGAGCUGGCACGGUGCUUCCAGCGGAGCCAGCAGCAUGCACGAGGGCUGCAGGAGCCCGCGGAGCUGCGCCCCUGCUCCCUGCUCGGGGGCAGCCGCCGGCCCCACGCCCUCUGCGCCCGCAUCAUCCAGCAGCAGCGGCAGCUCAUCGCCGACCACCGGCUGUCGGUGCCGCGGGCGCUGCAGGAGCUGUACCAGACCCACCUGCGGGAGCUGCCGGGGGGCCCCGACCGCACGGACACCGCCCCCCCCGAGGGCACGUCCCUGCCCCAAAUCCCACGGGCAUCCAGAGCAGAGAGCCUGCUGAACGCGGAGCAGGACAGAGGGAGGGCGCAGGACCCCAGGCACCCCACGGCACCGUGGCCCCCUCUGCACCCCAAGGGGGACAGCGCCCCGAGCCCCGUGUUCAAGAUGAGCCAACGGGCACGGUGGAAGGGGAGCGCGGUGGUGCCGAUCCCACUGCCUGGCCGUGGCGCGGUGGCCCUAGAGGUGAGCACAGCCCUGCCCACAGCACCGAAGCCCCAAGGUGGGGGUGUUUAUGGGUGCUGUGUGCCCCAGCAGCGCACGCCGCAGGCCAGCACAAACACCCAGCACGACGCCUCCCUGGGCAGUGGGACCGGCUCAGAGGUGGCUGUGGGACGCAGAGAGAGCAGGGAGACGUCGAGCAGCACCAAGAGAAUCUCAGCCAAGGCCACCCGGCGUUGGUCCCACAACCCGGGUGGGGACAUCCUGGAGGGGACAGCCGCCGUCCUGGGGGCCACCCAGCCCAGCCCCUCCCUGGGCACCCGGCCGUGGGCACGCAAGAAGCUGGAGACGAGGGAAGGGUCGCUGGAUGCCAAAAGGAGGAAGGGCAGGAGGUCGCGGUCCUUCGAGGCCACCGGCCACAGGCUCGUGGCCUCCCCAGGCUCCCAAAUGCUGCAGAACCUCUCCAAGCCCACGAUGCCGGUGGGGACAUGGGCAGCUGGCACCCGGGGGCCCCCCAAAACUCUGCCCAGAGCCAGGCCCCCGCAGAACCAGCAGCCAGGUGCUGGGGACCCGUCCCUGCCCAUCCCCACCAGCACCAGGAAGGGCCAGCACCCGCGGCUCGGCUGCGUCGUGGCGAGCGGCACCGGAGCCUCCGGCAAGGGUGCACGGAGCUGCCGGUGCUGAGCCAAGCGGCCGUCCCCGAGCCAAGGCAGGGGGCUGAGAGCUGCCAGCACCAGCCCCUGGCACAGCCCCUGCUGGGGCCGGCCACGCCGCUCUCCCCGUGCCAAACCUCUACUGAA